AAGACUGUGACAGAGGCUCCGUAGUCAGUGUAUUGGUAUCGAGCCCAGAGAGUACCUGCUUACAGAGCUCGUGGGUCUGAGAAAGGUAACUCUGGAGAGUGCAGGUAAAUACGAGGCUGAACAAAGAAUUAUCGACACUAAGCAUGUGAACGCCCUUCAAAGCAGGAUUCUUCAAGUACGUGCAUGUUCCAUUGCUCUCUGCCAGUGCUAAAACACCUUUUAAAAUUAAGUUUUUGAAUUAUGACGCCGUGUGAACCUAUAUGGAAAUCAGACGCCAACCGCAAGAAUAUGUGGUAAUACAAGUGUACAAUUAAGCGUUAAAAUCCUAUCCGAUACAGCGCCACAUAUGUGACUUUCUAACAGCUACACAUAUAUUUUCGUGAAACCGUACGUCAUUUGUGUAUUGCGAAAUGAAAUAUGUUCAGUAAAUGAAUCCGGUACUGGAAAAUUCCAUGAAUUGCGGUAUAACAGUUAUAGAUGAGCCCAUUCUUUGUUGUCUUACAAGACUAGUGGACUCUUCCGUAGCGAAGGCUCAUAUGUGAAUUUUCUUCCAGUACAUGACGUAGAGUACAUGGGCACAGCUCAAUUUGGAUACAAUCGCCAGUAAGGAAGUUAAGAACAACACACAGACACAGACUGACGCCACAUCAUGGAGGAAGCUUGUACUGCAGGAAGCCACUGGACAUCAGCUUCAAGUUGCACAGGAACUUCAGGAGUUUCUGGUGUCGGAACCGUUCUCUUCACCAGUCUCAUCACGACACUCAUGGAGUCCCAGCGCCAACUGGGAAACCCGGACGAUUACCCAGAUGACGCGACGUCCCACCUACUCGACGAGUACGACUUCAUCGUGGUAGGGGCCGGUUCAGCGGGUGCUGUGGUUGCCAGUCGCCUCAGUGAGGUACCACACUGGAAGGUGCUGCUUCUGGAGGCGGGGGGAGACCCAACCCCGACGUCAGACAUUCCCUCCCUGUCUUUAUAUUUACAGAAAACAGAUAUCGACUGGCAGUACCAAACCGAACCCGAGGAAGGUAUGUGCCAGGGAUUUAGAGAUAAACGUUGCUACUGGCCAAGGGGCAAAGUUCUUGGCGGAAGCAGUGUACUGAACUACAUGAUUUAUGUCAGAGGGAUGAAGGGGGACUACGACGCGUGGUCUAAAGCUGGAAACAACGGGUGGAGCUAUGAAGACGUCCUUCCGUAUUUUAAGAAAUCCCAAGAUAUGACGUCCGAGACGCUGCUCCGAAAAGAUUCAAACGGGGACACAUACCACGCCAGAGGAGGGCCGUUAACUUUGGAAGAAUACGAGAGAACCGAAUUCGGGGAAAUCAUUCUACAGGCAGCAAAGGAAUUGGGUUAUGAGAAUCUUGACGACCUGAAUGGUAAACAUCAGCUUGGAUUCGCCAAUGUUUUUGGCACUUUGAGAAAUGGGACAAGGUGUAACACAGCUAAAGCCUUUUUGAGUCCAGCAAAAUUCAGAGAAAACCUCCACGUUGCUAAAUAUGCCCACGUAACCAGAAUAUUGAUAAAUGAUCAGACGAAAACAGCUCAUAGUGUUGAACUAAGGGGGAAAGACGGAAAAAUCUUCUCUGUAAAGUUUAGGAAUGAGGUAAUUUUAUCAGCAGGUUCAAUAAACUCUCCACAGAUAUUAAUGUUAUCCGGUAUUGGACCACAGGAACAUUUGAAAGAAAUUGGUAUACAACCUAUCGUAAAGAAUCUAAACGUAGGCGAAAAUCUGCAGGAUCACCUCAUAUUUACCGGGGCUAUGUUCGCCACAAAAGCUAGUGAGAACUAUAGACUCUCGCCCCUGCAGACUUUAGAUACUUAUUACAAAUAUCUCUCCCGGCGCAGUGGUCCUCUGUCUACACACUUCGGGGCAACAGUAACUGGGUUCAUUAAAACCAGAUUUGCGGCAGAUGAGAGACCAGAUUUACAAUUCAACUUUAUAGUAAUUCCGGCCAAUGAUACAAACGCUGUAAAUUUGAUUUCAAGUGUCAUAGGUUAUUGUAACGAAACAACUAAAUCUCUACAAGAAACUCUAAACCUUUAUGAUGUGUUUCUUAUCAUCCCUACACUGAUUCGCCCAAAGAGUAAAGGAAGAAUUCUUCUUAGGUCAGGAAAUCCUCUGGAGCAUCCAAAAAUAUUCGCUGGAUAUUUAUCGGAUCCUGAAGGAACAGAUUUGGCUAGAAUGUUAGAGGGCAUCAAAUUCGCACAACAUUUAAUGAAUACCAAAGUCAUGAAGGCCAAAGAAUCAAAACAAAAGAAGUUAUUUCUUGAAGCAUGUGAGAAUCUUGAAUUUGACUCUUCAGAGUACUGGGAGUGUGCUUUAAGACAGAUAGGGACAACACUCUAUCACCCUGUUGGAACUUGUAAGAUGGGUCCAAGUUCAGACCCAGACGCUGUCGUGGACCCAGAAUUAAAGGUGUAUGGAGUGAAAGGAAUCAGAGUGGCCGAUGCGUCCAUAAUGCCAAGUAUAGUGAGUGGCAACACGAAUGCAGCUAUUAUUAUGAUCGGUGAGAAGGCAGCGGGCAUGAUCAAGAAGGAGUGGCUUCAUAAAUAACAGACGAAGCAAUCAGACCCACAUAAGAAUACUAUUUUAUAUUUAAUGACCCUGGUUUCAUGAAAGAGGAAGAAAUUAUGUGGCAACUUAUGUUCUCACUGCGAUAAUUAUAUGAAUAUGCCUGUAUUCUAUCUUCCUAUGUGACUGAUACGUACUGAUCGAACGUUUAGAUGAGCUUAGAGCCUCCGUCCCAAAAGACGGCCUUGUUGACAAGAAUUUUAUCGCCAUCGACCUAAAGUCCGGGGAAAAUUUAGGACAAUAGUUUCAUUACGACUCAUGACUUUUCUUCUAUUUGCUUUGCAAAUAAAGGAUUAGUUAUUCCUUCGAUCAAAAUGUAUCAGGAUUAAAACAAACAAGCUCUGUUGACGAAGGAAAAUAUAAAAUUAGAAUAGCUAUAACUUGCUGCAUACCGAAUGUACAUCCGUGUACGAAGUUUUUGUUAUAUUUUAGGUUUACGCCUCGUUGUGAACAUGGAUAGGGUCUGGUUUGAUUCAUAAGACCAUCUUCAACGUGCGUUUUACGUGCAAUAAGCUCAUAGAUUGUACUUUUCAUUAAAAUACUGAAGAGAAUCUAUUUACUGUGCAUAUUUUGCCUUAAAUUAACAAAGAUGGCCCUAAGCUGUUGCCCUGUGGGGCUGGAUCUCCAAUUUUAAAAAAACAGCAUUUGCUGAUAUAUGCUACGGGCUUACGUAAACACGCAAGCACGCUAGUUCGUGAGUUUAAUCACAGACGGGAAGCAGAAUAGUGGACGGCCGACAUUAUUAUUAUCAACAAGUAGGAAGCACAUUUUAAAAGUUCGAAGCAGAGCAAAUAAGCUGCACAUUAUAUUACAACGCGCUUUAUAAAAUAUAUGAAAAUAAUAGAGUUAGUGUUCCUAGAUAUGAACAGCGACGUUGUAUCCUAACAGAAUAAACAAAGUUUGAUUAGCUCCAAUGUAACAAGUCA